AUGGCGGAGUCAUUAAGUUUGCAGAGAGAUAUUAAUAGAGUGUUGGAGUUACUGGAAAUACUUCAGAGAUGCCCUGAAAUACAACCAUCAAAGUUGGCAGCCCUACAGCGCAUACUGCAGUCAGACUUUUGCGACAUGAUUCGUGAAGUUUAUGAGCAUAUAUAUACAACUGUUGAUAUUAAUGGGUCGGAAGAAGUGAAAGCAAGUGCAACAGCCAAAGCUACUGUCGCAGCUUUUGCUGCAAGUGAAGGACACGCUCAUCCACGUGUCAUAGAACUACCAAAAACUAAUGAAGGUCUAGGUUUCAAUGUUAUGGGUGGUAAAGAACAAAAUUCACCUAUUUACAUAAGUCGAAUUAUUCCUGGUGGUGUUGCAGAUCGUCAUGGUGGUUUAAAACGUGGUGAUCAAUUACUAUCAGUAAAUGGGAUUUCUGUGGAGAGUGAACAUCAUGAAAGAGCUGUUGAACUUUUGAAAUUAGCACAAGGUACUGUGAAACUUGUAGUAAGAUAUACACCACGUAUUCUUGAAGAGAUGGAAGCACGUUUUGACAAGCAAAAAGCUCGACGUCGGCAACUUAGUUAA